UGUGCUCCCCAUGUUGUCAGAUCAGGAACCACCAAGUUCUGAAAAUACAUUGACUUUGAUGGAUGACUCUGGAUGUGUUUUAUCAAAUGAGCAAAGAAGUGAACCUGCAGAAUUAUCCCAGAAUUUUGUGGAAAGCAUCAAUCCUCCACUCCGUCUCCCACUGCCUCUUGAGAAAAAGCCAUGCACUACCCUGGAAAAUCCUCUAUCUUCUCACAUGCAGUUCUUUCAACAUCUGCUGGAACUGAAGAAAUGGGCAGAGUCUAGUAAUCUGAAAGUAUACUUAACCCACUUUGAAAAAGACUCUUCAACAGUUUCUGAUUCAGUUUCACAGUUGUUAGAUGGUCUGAUCACAUUUUACCAGAAUCUCAAACUCCCUUUCUCAAGCUUUUGGACAGAGGCUAUUGGUACAUUAGCCAGACUGGCCAGUGAUUUUAAUUUAUCAAAUCAUAUUUUUAAAAGAUGUUCUAAGAAGUUAGAAGAAUUUGAAAAGACUCUACUCCAGGCUAUUUUAGGGAACAACAGUAUAAACCGGUUCCAGGUGCAGUGUUAUGUCUCUCAGAGCCUAGUAACCCUAGGAGGCUGCAGCUUGUUGAGGAAGUCUAUUAUACCACUGCUCCUAUCAGAAGUGAACAGCUUUGUGGAUGAACUGGGAGCCAUCGAUCAGGAUCAAGGCAAUUAUGAUGUGACACGCUAUGAAAAUAUUUUCUCCCUGUUUUGGAUUCUGGAACAACUUCUUCAACAGGAAACUCAGGGAGACCCCACUCCACACACGGAUCUCAGCAGCCCAGAAAUUCAGACAUUUCUUCAGAAGCAUGAUGAAACCAUCUUCCGACUUUCUGAUGCAUUUCCUUUAUUUACAUUUUACUUAUGGAGACUGGGCAUUCUCUUGAAUUCAGCAGAGAUGGAAACUAUUAAGAAUCAAUCCUUUCCUUAGCUGUUCACCAUAUAUCAGAAAAUUGUGUGCUUCAGUAUUUCUCCAAAAAAAAUGCUUUUAAAUAAGUAUUUUAAAUUGAUUAACCAAAUAAUCAUUAAUUCAAUUUAAUGAUAAGUCUUCUGUAUAAGAGAUGAUAAAUCAUUGUUCUAUAUUACAAUCAAGCAAUUUCAGUUGACAACGCCCCCUAUGUUCAAAUAUUAUAUCUUUCUUCACUCAAUAGACUAGCUCUUAUUCUCUAACCUGCCCUGUCUCAUAAAAUACAAUAAAUUGUCAAUGAUUUCCAUCUGAUAUAAAUUUCAUUACAAAUUGUAAUGAAUUAAAGCUUAAACUUCCGUCAUUUAACAUACUUAAAUACAAGGUUUAAGUAAAUGGUAAAAAAUAAAAUGUAUUAUGCAGCUCCACUCAAGUCAUUUUUCUUUGGAAGAAUAGUUCUGUAGAAAAAGAAAAGGCUUUGGAAAGCAGUGGCUUUUAAUUCUACUUAAUCAACAUGUUUGUAAAGUAUUUUUGAAGUGUUAAUUAGUUCUUUAAAAUGUCCCUUUUAAAACAAUUUUUCUGUUGCUAUAAAACACUAUUGUUCCUAUGAUUGUUAAAAUGUAGUAAAGUUGUGUAUUAUGAAGGCAUAUGGGAUGCUUUUAUAAAUUUUAAUAUUCUACAAUAAAU